CGGCUCUGCUGGAAGAUGGCGAGCGGCCGGGAUGAGCGGCAGCCCUGGCGGCUGGGACGCCUGCGGCUGCUGCCGCCGCUGCUGCCACCGCUGCUGCUGCUGCUGCUGCUGCUGAAGAGCUCGGCCCAGGCGGCGCACAUCAAGAAGGCUGAGGCGACCACGACGACCGUCGCGGGCUCGGAGGCGGCCGAGGGCCAGUUUGACCACUACUACCACGAAGCGGCGCUGGGCGAGGCGCUGGAGGCGGCGGCGGCCGCGGGGCCGCCCGGCCUGGCUCGUCUGUUCAGCAUCGGCAGCUCGGUGGAGGGCCGGCCGCUGUGGGUGCUGCGCCUGACGGCCGGCCUGGGGCCGCCGCCCACCGCCGCCGCCGCCGCGGGGCUGGACGCCGCGGGGCCGCUGCUGCCCGGCCGGCCGCAGGUAAAGCUGGUGGGCAACAUGCACGGCGACGAGACGGUGUCGCGCCAGGUGCUGGUCUACUUGGCCCGUGAGCUGGCGUCGGGCUACCGCCGCGGGGACCCGCGCCUCGUCCGCCUGCUCAACACCACCGACGUGUAUUUGCUGCCCAGCCUGAACCCCGAUGGCUUCGAGCGCGCCCGCGAGGGCGACUGCGGCCUCGGCGACAGCGGCCCGCCCGGGACCAGCGGCCGAGACAACAGCCGAGGCCGCGAUCUCAACCGCAGUUUCCCUGACCAGUUCAGCACCGGCGAGCCGCCUUCCCUGGACGAGGUGCCGGAGGUGCGCGCCCUCAUCGACUGGAUCCGCAGGAACAAGUUUGUGCUGUCUGGAAACCUGCACGGCGGCUCAGUGGUAGCAAGCUACCCUUUCGAUGAUUCGCCUGAGCAUAAGGCCACUGGAACCUAUAGCAAAACCUCCGACGAUGAAGUCUUUAGAUACCUGGCAAGAGCUUAUGCUUCUAACCACCCCAUAAUGAAAACUGGUGAACCCCAUUGCCCAGGAGAUGAAGACGAGACUUUCAAAGAUGGGAUCACAAACGGGGCACACUGGUAUGAUGUGGAAGGUGGUAUGCAAGAUUACAAUUAUGUCUGGGCCAACUGUUUUGAGAUCACAUUAGAAUUGACUUGUUGCAAGUACCCACCUGCUUCCCAGCUUCGACAAGAAUGGGAGAAUAAUCGCGAAUCUUUGAUCACGUUGAUUGAAAAGGUUCACAUUGGAAUUAAAGGAUUCGUUAAGGAUUCAGUAACAGGGUCUGGGUUGGAGAACGCAACCAUCUCAGUGGCUGGUAUUAAUCACAAUAUCACAACUGGAAGAUUUGGUGAUUUCCACAGACUACUCGUUCCUGGGAUUUACAAUCUUACAGCGGUUUCAACUGGGUAUAUGCCAUUGACUAUUAUUAAUAUAAUGGUGAAGGAAGGACCAGCCACGGAGAUGGAUUUUUCCCUUCGACCAACUGUGAUAUCAGUAGUUCCUGAGUCAACCGGGACUGUAGCAACUCCAGGCACAGUCGCUGUCCCUAAUGUUCCUUCUGGAACAUCAUCCUCCCAUCAGCCAAUUCAGCCCAAAGACUUUCACCACCACCAUUUCCCGGAUAUGGAAAUCUUCUUGAGAAGAUUUGCCAAUGAGUAUCCCCACAUCACCCGUCUUUAUUCACUGGGAAAGUCAGUAGAGUCCAGGGAACUCUACGUGAUGGAGAUAUCGGACAACCCAGGUGUCCACGAGCCAGGUGAACCAGAAUUUAAGUAUAUUGGAAAUAUGCAUGGGAACGAAGUGGUUGGAAGAGAACUGCUAUUGAACCUCAUUGAGUACCUGUGCAAGAACUUUGGCCCAGACCCCGAAGUGACGGAUCUGGUCCGCAGCACUAGAAUCCACCUUAUGCCGUCCAUGAACCCUGAUGGGUAUGAAAAGGCCCAGGAAGGAGAUUCGAUAAGUGUAAUUGGCAGAAACAACAGCAACAACUUUGACCUAAACCGAAAUUUCCCAGACCAGUUUGUUUCGAUCACCGAUCCCACCCAGCCCGAGACGAUUGCUGUGAUGAGCUGGGUGAAGUCCUACCCAUUUGUGCUGUCAGCCAAUCUGCAUGGAGGUUCUUUGGUGGUUAACUAUCCUUUUGAUGAUGACGAACAAGGAGUUGCCACAUAUAGCAAAUCACCGGAUGAUGCCGUGUUCCAACAAAUAGCACUUUCUUAUUCCAAGGAAAAUCACCAGAUGUUCCAAGGUAGACCUUGCAAGGAUAUGUACCCUAAUGAGUAUUUCCCUCAUGGGAUAACAAAUGGAGCUAGUUGGUAUAAUGUGCCAGGUGGUAUGCAGGACUGGAACUAUUUACAGACAAAUUGCUUUGAAGUAACUAUCGAACUAGGCUGUGUGAAAUACCCAUUUGAGAACGAACUGCCAAAGUACUGGGAACAAAAUCGAAGGUCUCUGAUCCAGUUUAUGAAGCAGGUCCAUCAGGGUGUCAAAGGGUUUGUUCUCGAUGGCACAGAUGGAAGAGGCAUACUGAAUGCCACGCUCAGUGUUGCCGAGAUCAACCACCCAGUGACUACUUACAAAGCUGGAGAUUACUGGCGCCUCUUGGUCCCAGGGACAUAUAAGAUCACAGCAUCUGCCCGAGGGUAUAACCCCGUUACCAAGAACGUGACCGUCAGGAGUGAAGGUGCUACUCAGGUCAACUUCACGCUUGUUCGAUCUUCAACAGAUGCAAACAGGGAAUCAAAGAAAGGAAAGGGGGCUAGCACCAGCACUGACGACGCCAGCGACCCAACUUCUAAAGAGUUUGAAGCACUGAUCAAACACCUUUCGGCUGAGAAUGGCCUGGAAGGCUUCAUGCUGAGCUCAUCCUCAGACCUGGCUCUGUAUCGAUACCAUUCAUACAAAGACUUAUCUGAGUUCCUGAGAGGACUUGUAAUGAACUACCCACACAUUACAAACCUUACCACUUUGGGACAGAGUGCUGAGUAUCGCCACAUUUGGUCCCUCGAAAUCUCCAAUAAGCCCAACAUAUCAGAACCUGAAGAACCAAAAAUUCGCUUUGUUGCUGGUAUCCAUGGAAACGCUCCAGUUGGAACUGAACUGCUUUUGGCUCUGGCAGAAUUUCUUUGCCUGAAUUACAAAAAGAACCCAGUUGUUACCCAAUUGGUCGACAGGACUAGAAUUGUCAUUGUCCCUUCUCUGAACCCAGACGGGCGAGAGCGAGCACAAGAGAAAGACUGCACCUCAAAGGCCGGGCAAGCAAAUGCCCGCGGCAAAGACCUGGACACAGAUUUCACAAGUAAUGUCUCCCAACCUGAGACUAAAGCCAUCAUUGAAAACUUGAUUCAGAAACAGGACUUCAGCCUUUCCAUUGCUCUAGAUGGCGGCUCUGUGUUGGUCACAUAUCCGUAUGACAAGCCGGUCCAGACAGUGGAAAACAAAGAAACUUUAAAGCAUUUGGCAUCUCUUUAUGCAAAUAACCAUCCAUCGAUGCACAUGGGUCAGCCCAGUUGCCCAAAUAAGUCAGACGAGAACAUUCCCGGAGGAGUAAUGCGUGGAGCAGAGUGGCACAGUCACCUGGGCAGCAUGAAGGAUUAUAGUGUCACCUAUGGUCAUUGCCCAGAAAUCACAGUGUACACAAGCUGCUGCCUCUUCCCAAGUGCAGCUCAGCUCCCUGCCCUGUGGGCCGAGAACAAGAAGUCUCUUCUUAGCAUGCUGGUGGAGGUCCACAAAGGAGUCCAUGGGUUGGUUAAAGACAAGACCGGUAAACCAAUCUCUAAAGCAGUCAUUGUACUCAACGAAGGAAUAAAAGUGCACACAAAAGAGGGGGGCUAUUUCCAUGUGCUUCUAGCUCCCGGAGUCCAUAACAUCAAUGCCAUUGCUGACGGGUACCAGCAGCAGCAUUCCCAGGUCUUUGUGCAUCAUGACGCAGCCAGCUCUGUGCUUAUCGUCUUUGAUACAGAUGACCGGAUAUUUGGCUUGCCAAGGGAACUCGUGGUAACUGUGUCAGGUGCCACCAUGUCAGCUCUGGUCCUAACGGCUUGCAUCAUUUGGUGCAUCUGCUCCAUCAAGUCUAACAGGCACAAAGAUGGCUUCCACCGGCUCCGGCAGCGUCACGAUGAGUAUGAAGAUGAGAUCCGCAUGAUGUCAGCUGGCUCCAAAAAGUCCCUCCUAAGCCAUGAGUUCCAGGAUGAAACGGACACAGAGGAGGAAACACUGUAUUCUAGCAAACAUUGAAAAGCACGUUUUGCAUAUCUCCCUGCAUAAGCACCAGGCAAAAAUGGCAGCUCCUCUCGGGAGACAACUGCAGUGAGAAGAGAGAUUCCUUCCUCCUUCAAAGAGCUUUGGGAAGUUAACCUGCUAAAUAUCACAGGCAGUUCUGCACUUCCCUUCCUUAAAAUACUCUUAACCUUUUCUUUAAAAAAUCUGAUUUCUGUUUAUGCAGCAGAAGACGGGACAGCCACUUUGUUUUUCUUUUUAAUUUAAGAUGAGCUGUUCAGAGUUUAUAUAGUAACAGCAUAAAGCCAUCUAGUAGAUGUAUUUCACACAUCAGGUAUUUACUAGUGGCUUUAGUUUAUUAUCUUUAUUUUAAAGGCCAAAAGAAUCCAGAAACAUUAAGGCAGGGACACCAGUCAGACUCUGACAUAAAGCUUUAAAAACUCGAGAUUUUCUCCAUCUCCUGAGGAGUUUUCUUCUCUGGUUAGCGAUAGCUGGGGUUUCUCUGAUUCAGGUUUAACGGCGGCUGGAUAAUUCCUAAAUAUAUAUGGCAUUAGGAAAUGGAAUAAACGGGCUUUCAUAUUUGCUUUCUACCUGCUUCCGAGCUGGAUCAGAACUGGUGAGCUGUGCUUUAAGCAGGAUUUUACUACCUCUCUUGAAAGGGUUAGCC